AUGGCGUUCUGGUGGCCUCUGCUCGUCCUCGGAUUCGCUUUUGCGAUCUGUAGAUUUUUGCUUAUGCUGAUUCCUCCCAAUGUGCCUUCUAUCGACGUCGACGCUUCCGAUAGUACUCUCUUAGUCUCUUUUUCUAUCUCGAUCUUUAUGUCACAUGCUUGUGAAUUUGCGUUGACUGCAGUGGUGUUUGUCAUGGUGACAGUGUUGGACGAUGGAAAUCAUACCAAGGAGAACAGCUUCAUCUAUAUACCAUCAAAGCGACAUACUGACAAAGUACAGUGCUAUGAGCCAGCAACAAUGAAAUACCUAGGGUACUUCCCAGCAUUGGAACCUCACGAGGUCCAAGAGCAUGUAGCCCAUGCAAGGAAGGCACAGAAGAUAUGGGCAAAGAGUACCUUCAAGCAAAGGCGUCAGUUUCUGCGGAUACUUCUAAAGUAUAUACUUGAGCAUCAAGAGCUCAUAUGCGAAAUCUCUUCACGUGAUACUGGAAAGACCAUGGUAGAUGCAUCCUUGGGAGAAAUAAUGACUACUUGUGAGAAGAUCACCUGGCUACUUUCAGAAGGGGAGAGAUGGCUAAGGCCUGAAUACCGAUCCUGUGGAAGAUCAAUGCUUCACAAGGUAGCUAAAGUGGAAUUCUACCCGCAUGGUGUGAUUGGUGCUAUUGUCUCUUGGAACUAUCCUUUCCAUAAUAUAUUUAAUCCAAUGCUAGCAGCUGUCUUUUCAGGGAAUGGCAUUGUGAUAAAGGUUUCAGAACAUUCGAGUUGGUCUGGUUGUUUCUACAUGCGAAUAAUCCAAGCUGCCCUUGCUGCUGUAGGAGCUCCAGAAAAUCUGGUUGAUGUGAUAACAGGAUUUUCUGAAACAGGUGAAGCACUAGUAUCUUCAGUUGACAAAGUCAUAUUUGUUGGAUCACCUGGUGUAGGGAGAAUGAUAAUGAAAAAUGCUGCUGAGACACUGACUCCAGUUACGCUUGAGCUUGGUGGGAAAGAUCCGUUUAUUGUUUGUGACGAUGUAGAUGUACCCCAUGUUGCUCAAAUUGCUGUAAGGGCUGCUCUUCAGUCUAGUGGACAGAAUUGUGCUGGGGCUGAGAGAUUUUAUGUUCAUCAGAAAAUUUAUUCUUCAUUUGUUGAUGAAGUAGUCAAAAUUGUAAAAUCUGUUACUGCUGGACCUCCACUGGCUGGAAAGUAUGAUAUGGGGGCCAUAUGCAUGCAAGAGCAUUCAGAAAGACUUCAAAGCCUUGUAAAUGAUGCCCAAGAUAAAGGCGCUGAAAUUAUAGGUCGGGGAAGUGUUGGCAACAUCGGUGCAGGUGCUGUUGAUCAGUACUUUCCUCCUACUGUAAUUGUGAAUGUGAAUCACUCUAUGAAGCUGCUCCAAGAAGAGGCUUUUGGACCAAUUAUGCCAAUAAUGAAAUUCAAUUCAGAUGAAGAGGCUGUCAAGCUUGCAAAUGAUUCUAAGUAUGGGCUUGGAUGUGCUGUAUUUUCUGGUAGCCAGCAGCGUGCCAAGCAGAUAGCUGCUCAGAUACACUGUGGAGUUGCUGCGAUCAAUGAUUUUGCAUCAACUUACAUGUGUCAGUCCCUGCCAUUUGGUGGGGUGAAAGAGAGCGGGUUUGGUAGAUUUGCCGGCAUAGAAGGACUACGAGCUUGCUGUCUUGUGAAAUCAGUCGUUGAGGAUAGGUGGUGGCCACUUAUCAAAACAAAGAUACCAAAACCUAUUCAGUAUCCUGUUGCAGAUAAUGGAUUCGAGUUGCAGGAAUCGCUUGUAGAAGCGCUCUAUGGAUUAAAUGUGUGGGAUCGUUUACGGGCAUUGGUCAAUGUCCUAAAAAUCCUCACGGAACAGAAUACUCAUUCUGGCAGCAAGAGAAGAAGCGAUUAG